GCGAGCUUGUGGUGGCCCCACAUGUCUGGUGCGGUUUUACGCCUCACGCCAUCACCAAAGGUCCAUGCCACGUGGGAGGCGCACAAGAUUUCCACGCGCGCCGGGAGAUGAUUUUCUUCGCGAUUUUCUCCUAUUUCCACGGCAGUGCAAACGCUAGAGCCGCUGUUAUUAGAGCCUAGUCUCGGCAGCAAGGUGAAAUAGUGAGAGUUGGGUUGGGUUGCAGAUGCACCGCACCGCUCCGACGACGACGGGGUGUCCCACCCAACUGGUUCCUAACUCGGUCGGUCGCCGCGAAGAAAUGGUGCGGGUCAACCGGUCACCGGUUAAUAAUUUAGCAUUGGGGCAGAUUACAGUUGGCUCUGCACGAGUGCAUUACUAGUUUUGUUGUUAGGCCAAGGCCUACCAAGUUCAGGACCGUUCUAGCUUAUAAAUAGGACCACAUCCGGGACGGGAUGGCCAGUUCAGUGGAAAAUCAGGCGCGCGGUUGUGGUCUAUUUGUAGCCUUGCACAGGAAGAAAAGUCAAUAUUACGUAAAAUGGUAUUGAUCCGUUGGUCAAUAGUGCCAGUGCUGUUUGUCUUCGGGCGUAAUUUGUUUGUCCACGCCGAAACGGACACACGCCCACCUUCCGGAGUGGACAAGAUCGUCGGCGGUGUGGAGGCCACCCGGCACGAGUUUCCGUACCAGAUAUCGCUCCAGUGGAACUUUGGCCGUAACUCGUCCCGGGCGCCGGUACACUUUUGCGGCGGAUCGCUGCUGAAUCGAAACUGGGUCAUUUCGGCCGCUCAUUGUCGGAUCCGGUUCACCCGCGGCGGUUGGAUUGAUGCCGUAGCUGGGGAUCACGACACGACCAAGACCGAGGGCGGCGAGCAGAGACGGAGGGCGGUCAAGUUUGUGAUCCAUAAGGAUUACUGCGGGGGCGUUUGUCCUUACGAUAUUGGGUUGAUUCAGGUGGAGAGGUCGUACAAGUUUAACGAUAAAAUCGCUCCGAUCGCGCUGCCAAAGCAGUAUGAGAAGUUCUCCGGGGAUUGCGUGGCCUCCGGGUGGGGGUCAACGUCGACGACGAACAGGCCGAUGUAUCCGGAGAAGUUGAGGAAAGCGGUUCUACCGAUCGUAGACUUCAAAACGUGUUACAGAUUCUGGUUCCAGGAGGGCAAUCCGGACGCGCUGUCCAAUACGUGUGCUGGGCCGGAAGACGGGUCACGUAGUGUCUGCUCUGGUGAUUCUGGGGGUCCACUGGCCAAGUUUGACGAGGAUGGGAGCCAUCCGGUACUCGUUGGAGUUGCCUCCUGGGGAGCGGUACCCUGCGGGAUGGAGGAGAAACCGGCGGUGUUCACGACCGUGUCCAGCUUUAUUGAUUGGAUCAAGGAGAAUAUGAGAUAGGAUUGUGAGGUUUGAAA